CUAACAGGGAAGUACAACUGAGCUUGGCUAGUCAAGGUAAGUUAAUAGUUGUUUUCUUUGUUUCAAGUUAUGUAACUGAGAUUGGACACAUAGAACAAUAUGUAAAUGCAUUGGCAAGUGUGUGCUUUUUUUCCCUUCUAUUUUACAAAGUGAUCUUCCUUUCUCUUUAAUUUUAGGAAACAGAUAUUGAUGACAGAUAUGGAGAUUUGGAUUGCAGAACAGAUUCUGAUAUUCCAGAAAUUCCACCGUCCUCAGAUAGAACCCCCGAGAUCCUCAAGAAAGCUCUGUCUGGUUUAUCUUCAAGGUGGAAAAACUGGUGGAUUCGGGGAAUUCUUACUCUGACGAUGAUUUCAUUGUUUUUCCUGAUCAUCUAUAUGGGAUCUUUUAUGCUGAUGCUGCUUGUUCUGGGCAUCCAAGUGAAAUGCUUCCAUGAAAUUAUCACCAUAGGUUACAGAGUCUAUCGUUCCUACGACCUGCCAUGGUUCAGAACACUCAGCUGGUACUUUCUACUCUGUGUAAACUAUUUUUUCUAUGGAGAGACUGUAGCUGAUUAUUUUGCUACAUUUGUUCAAAGAGAAGAGCAGCUUCAGUUCCUCAUUCGCUACCAUAGAUUUAUAUCAUUUGCUCUGUAUCUGGCAGGUUUCUGCAUGUUUGUGCUGAGCUUGGUGAAGAAACAUUAUCGACUGCAGUUUUAUAUGUUCGCAUGGACUCAUGUCACUUUACUGAUAACAGUUACUCAGUCACAUCUUGUCAUCCAAAAUCUGUUUGAAGGCAUGAUAUGGUUCCUUGUCCCAAUAUCCAGUGUUAUCUGCAAUGACAUAACUGCUUACCUUUUUGGAUUCUUUUUUGGGAGAACUCCAUUAAUUAAGCUGUCUCCUAAAAAGACUUGGGAAGGAUUCAUUGGCGGUUUCUUUUCCACAGUCGUGUUUGGAUUCAUUGCCGCCUACGUGCUGUCCAAGUACCAGUACUUCGUCUGUCCAGUGGAGUACCGGAGCGACGUGAACUCCUUUGUCACGGAGUGUGAGCCCUCAGAGCUCUUCCAGCUCCAAAGUUAUUCCCUCCCUCCCUUCCUAAGGGCAGUGCUGCGACGGGAAAGAGUGAGCUUGUAUCCUUUCCAGAUCCACAGCAUUGCUCUUUCAACAUUUGCAUCUUUGAUCGGCCCCUUUGGAGGCUUCUUUGCCAGCGGAUUCAAAAGAGCUUUCAAAAUCAAGGAUUUUGCAAACACCAUUCCUGGACACGGAGGGAUAAUGGACAGAUUUGACUGUCAGUAUUUGAUGGCAACGUUUGUGCAUGUCUACAUCACAAGUUUUAUAAGGGGCCCGAAUCCCAGCAAAGUGCUGCAGCAGUUGUUGGUGCUUCAACCAGAACAGCAGUUGAAUAUAUAUAAAACCCUGAAGACUCACCUCAUUGAGAAAGGGAUCCUGCAGCCCACCCUGAAGCUAUAGCUGGACCCAGAGAGGGAAGGACAAGCGACACUAAGGAAUUCUACAGAAAAGCACCGACAGAUGAGAUUUUGUAAAUGUACAGAAAAAGGUUGGAAAGGCACUAGAGUGAAGAUUUACAGACAUGAAUGUUUCUUCUCUGAAAUUACUGUGAAUAUUUAACAAAUACUUCCUUGAUCUAAGUUAUGAAAUACGUAGCAAACUGUCAUCAGAGUAUCCUGUACUUUUUCUAAAGUGUAUUUUCUGAUUUUAACUUUCUCUCCCUUCCUUGACAUUUUCUUAAUUUAAAAGACUUGUUUUAAAGAGUCCGAUACUAUAAAAUGAGUCAGUGGAGGAUGUCUUAAGAUUGCAGCUGGCAGCGGGCCCUUUGCACAAAUAUUUACUUCUGCACUUGGAGCUGCUCUCAAUCUUAGCUGAAUGUUUUAUGUGGGGCACAGUGGGAAGUUCAUGCUCCUGCACUUCCUCCACUUUGGGUUUGAAGUAUUUUCUGAAGGCUGAAUUGGGUCCAAAUAAAAAAAGGGUUUUCCACUUUCCAAAGUAAGUAAGUAAUCAUUUGCCAGGGGAAAGCAUUCUACUUUUAGGUAGGUUUGAAAUUCAAGAGAGGGAGGCUGAAAUUUCUACCUUUAUUGGCUGACUCUACUUCUGAUAAAGUUUGGAAAAACCUAACGUUGCAAAAUCUCUGCAAGAGAAACAAAGGAGAGUUCUGCUCUGAAGAACGUAACGUAUGCACCCUCCACAGAUUAUCUGCAGAUGACAGUAGCUCAGGAGACAGCGUAAGACAGUGAUGUGGCACAGGCUACCUCAUGGUCAAGUGCUCUGCUUUUCCUUGUUUCCCUGGGAACUGAUUUCUAGAAGUUCUGUAGCCACGAGCACAAAAGAUCAAGAGUAGUGAGUAGGGGUGGUGGCUGAAGCAGAGAGGGGGUGCCCAGCUGAGAGAGAGUGACCCAUCUCUGGAUAAGGCUUUGUAUCCUGGGCGCCCUUCCUGGUCCCCUGUGCAGCCCAUGGACACUCACCUGGCAAGAAGGAAGAUCUGCCUGCAGCAGGCCCAGCUCCACCCCGACUCCAUAGGAGCAGCUCAUCUCUGUCCAGUUCCUCUUUCACAUCAUGUCAGAAAACCCGAGGACAUCAGCUGAAGAUAUUUUUCUUGCAAGAAUGAAAAUCAAGCAGAAGUAAUUCCCACCGUGAACAAAAAGCACAUGAUUGUCAAACCUUUCUCUGAGGACGGGACCCUGGGACCAGACGAGGACAUGUUUCUCAUCAAUGAAUGUAAAUAAGCUCACGUUGCUGUAUGCUCUUUACAACUACAUUUAUUGAAGAGUCAGCAAUAAACCUUUGAAAGUUGCCUAUUGCUCCUUGGCUAAAUGUUCAGAGAGGGGAGAUAGAUAUAUUUUAAAGAAUGUUUUACUAAUGAAAAGAGGAAAUAUUUUUGUUUAAAUCAGAACAAAGUUCCAUUAUUUUGUAUUUCUGUGAUACUAUUAUGCCUACAAUUAAAGAGUGUAGACACACAAGGGCCCCACUACAGAUAGCCCUGGGAUGUGAUCUAGAAGAGCUGUUCUCUCACAUGCCCUGCACCGUUACAGUGGAGAGAGAGGAACUCGGUACCAAGAGUCUGAUUUCUCGGUUUGGCAACUGGGUGUAUUCAGUCAGCGUGAUUGCACACUAGUCCAUAAAAACCUAGAAUUGGCAUCAGAAACUAUUUUAAGACAAAAUGAUCACCUUUUUAAAAUCAGGCUACUUACAAGUUAGUUUUCUGCAUAUCUCAUUAUUUGCCUCAUAAAAGCUCCAAAUGUUGAUCAUACAAGAAUUUAGCAUACCAAAGUUUAAAAAUAAAAUGAAAAUUUUGUAAUAGGAAGUUAGGUUGACAAAUUGGUGAUUUGCACAAUAGGAACUCAUUGAAGACACACAGUUCCCUCGCAUUUUCUUGAGUAACUGGUGAGGCACUGCGAUGCGGAAUUAUGAGAACAUCACUGAAUACAUGUAUUAUAAAAUCAAUAUUAUAAUAAAAUGUUAAGCUAGAAAUAUUUGGGGUCACAAUAAUAGCUUUCCUCAAAUAUACUGUGAGUAGGUGUACAUUAUUCUAUAUGUAUAAAAGUAAAUUCUUUUAACAAAGCACUAAAGUACCUUUUUAGUGCACUUUUAUAGCAUGUAUAUUAAAAUAGAAGAUAUUUUAUCAAAAGAUAGCCAUAAAACCUGGAUUUUAAUCACUUUUGUAUUUGCACUAUGAAGAGAGCUUAAAUUCUAGUAUAGCAUCACGGUGGCAGAAAAAUGAAAGACUGGGAACUUCCUUCACAGUGAUGGCUUAUUGCUCCAAAUUUGCUAUUUUUGGUGGUACUCUGAUGGUACCAAUUGUUUCACUUUUAAACCUGUGGGAUGUAAAUGUUUCCUCAGUGUUUCCCCCCUUGUGGUGGUGCAGAUAUACUUACUGUCUGAAUAUAAAAGACCACACUCACCCACCCAUCACCCCCCUUUUUUUUCAUUUACAGCAUCACUUUGUAUUUUGGUAUGAACAAAGAUAGUUUCACCUUGUUCAGUGAAAAAGAAAUAAUAGGAACUGUACAUAUACUGUGUAUGGGCAGGAGAUAGUUUAUGAUAUGUGUCAAUCAGUUCUCUGAAUCUUUUACUGAAACAGGAAAAAUAAAACAAAUAAGUCACA